AUGUCAUCCAGCGUGAUAGAAUUAAGUGAAGUGAACGCCGAAGUUCUCCGGGAAGUAGCCCUACCGGUGUGGAAUGAUACAACAGAAAAAGUGGCCAUUAUUGUACCCUACAGAGGACGGAUGAAACAUUUGUUUAAUUUUCUCAUCCGUAUGCUGCCCUUCCUGAGCAAGCAGAGGAAGCAGCCUGUUAUAAUUCUCACGGAGCAGGAGGGCGAUGGCGCAUUCAAUCGCGCCAAACUUUUCAAUGCCGCCAUCAAGGAGAUAAGAGAAAGUGUUCCGGGUGACUUAUUGCAUGGAAUAGACUGCUUCAUCUUACAUGAUGUGGACAAGGUACCAACUUCACCAUCUAUCCUCUACGAAUGUGGACAGAACGUCCGGCAGUUGGUUACCGUAUGUCGAUCGAAAGCACACAAAGGCAGGCUGUACGAGGCAUUUUUAGGGGGCGUGACAGCCUUCAGUUGGGAACAUGUGAAAACGAUAAACGGAGCCUCAAACCUCUUCACCGGCUGGGGUGGUGAAGAUGAUGAGCUGUUGGUGCGUCUCAAGCUAAACAAUAUUACGGUCGAUCGGGUUAAAGGCGGGGAAGGAGUUUUUGAUGAAUUUGAUGCAAAUCAUGCGCGAGAAAAAAAUUCGGCCCGAUAUGAGCUGAUUGCCGAGGAGAAUGUCACGGCACGCUGGAAGGAAGAUGGCCUUAAUCAAACACGUUACGAACUUCUUAGCAGAAUAGAUUACGACCUAUUUGUUUGGCUUCUUGUAUCAAUUUGA